GUGACAGGCGGCAUCGUGUACAUCAUAUGAGCAGCUGCAACAACGUGACCGGGGAGGAGGAGGGAGGAGAGCGGAGCAUUGUGUCGGCUGCAGUGCAGAACGUCCGCAGAGCAGAGCAGAGCACAGAGCAGACAGACAGGGAGAGGCAGCAGCGCAGGGCAUAAAGGAGCAGAUUGGGAUUUCUGUCUCUCUGCUGUGAUCAUGGGACCUCUUCAGGACAGCAAGAAAAUGCAAGAAAAGGAGAUUGCCCGGAGUCGUAUCCCGCGCCUGGUUCUGCGUCCAUACUUACCAAAGCAGAAAGUGUCCCCAUCUUCUGAAUCCCCAUUUUCAGAGGAGGACAGCAAAGACUUUAACCUUACCUCCAGCCGCUCUGCCAGGACCAUAAGUAGCAACAGCUUCUGCUCAGAUGACACCGGUUGCCCCAGCAGUCAGUCGGUGUCCCCGGUGAAGACUCCAUCUGAUGCUGGUAUGAGCCCCAUGGGAUUCUGUACAGGAAGUGAGGAUGAUUACAGCCACAAGCGAGUCAGCACUGGCAUAUAUACUGAUGGCAGUAUUCAGCCUACGAGGUACAAGAAGGAGCCAAAGAGUGGACUAGUGAAGACUGGCCCACAAUCCUUCAAGAUGCGAGGAAGUGAAGCAGAUUUCAGCUCGUCAAGUAGUACUGGCAGUAUAUCCGCACCAGAGGUCCAUAUGAGCAAUGCAUCUGGAGGAAAGAAAAACUCGUUUUCACGCAAACCGCCCUACCGCACAGAAACUCAGAAACGGGGCUCAAGGAACACAGCUGAGAGCCGAGUGUCCCAUGGGCGAGGUCACAACAGUUCAUCUGGAAAGCCUGCACAGAGUCCGCCUGCCACUCGAGAGAAGGAUCUGUUUGCAGUGCUCUGUAGGAAUCAGUUGAGUCCAAUUAAUGUUCAUGAUGCAUAUGGGAUCUCCUCUCCUAGUAGCAGUAACUCUGGGUCCUUCAAGGGCAGCGACACCAGCCCUACACUCAGGCGAACCAUGAGAUAUACAUCUUGUGGAGAUAAUCACGGCAUCAAACCACCCUCUCCUGAACAGUAUUUGACUCCGCUACAGCAGAAAGAAGUCUCAAUACGUCACCUGAAGGCAAAACUGAAGGAAUCCCAGAACUCGCUGCAAGAAAGGGAAGCGGAAAUAGAAGACCUGAAAUCUCAGCUGGCUCGUAUGAGGGAAGACUGGAUUGAAGAGGAAUGCCAUCGUGUUGAGGCGCAGCUCGCCCUGAAAGAAGCUCGAAAGGAGAUCAAACAGCUAAAGCAGUUCAUUGAAACUAUGAAAAACAGUUUGGCUGAGAAAGACAAAGGAAUUCAGAAAUACUUCAUAGACAUAAAUAUUCAAAACAGGAAAUUGGAGACCCUUUUGCGUACUAUGGAGUUGGCUCAAGAUGAAGAAUUUCGAGAUGAACCGUGUUUGGAUUCUUUUUGUAACUCUCCAGGAGCUUCUCUGACUGAAAGUGCAAUUUAUGAUAAGAUGUCAGAAGGACUUCUAAUGGAGGACCAAGCAACUGAGGAGAUGGCAGACUGUGAUCUCCUUUUGAAUGAUGAUCUGGCAAACCGAGAUGACCUUUAUGAUGAGGUCUUGAUGGAAACCAGAAGUGAUCUUGGUAGCUUGGCAAAUCUGAAUUCUACCAAAUUGCAAUCCACAGCAUGUUUUGAUAAAGAAAUUGAGACAAUUCAUUCCAAGUGGGCCCAGGGUUCACAAAGAAUGGAACAGGCAAUCCAAACUGAUGUUGUUCCUUACAGCCUUGACCUUGAAAAGUUCAUCCUCAAGAUGUAUAAGGCCCAUAAUGACCAUCCUAUUAAUACAUCAUCUUCCAUUAUGUGUGGUCUCCAUGCCAAGUGUUCUGGCUCCACAAAUCUCAUUGACUUGACCCCUGAUGAUCCAAACGUUGCUAUCCUUUUAUCCCCUGACUCUCUGGGUAAGGAUACUCUUUCAGUCUCAAACCGUGCCAUGAAAGAACUUGAUUUUGGAGGACCUUUGCCAGAGUUGCCAAGCAGAGAUAUGCAACACAUGUGCGUAGCUAAAAGACACUGGAGUGACCAUUUUUUGACCGACCUAUUUGUGGUCGCUGUGCCCAUUAUUCCUACAAUUCUAUGGGCAUUAAGUGCACAAAGAGGAUAUCCAGACCCUGUGUAUAACAUUGGCACUAUGAUGCGCGGCUGUUGUUUGAUGGCUUUGCAUACCCUUAGGAAAACAUCCUACAGUCCUUAUAUUUAAACCCAACUUUUUUUCUUUCUAGAAUUUCAAUCCUCUAGAAUGUUAAUAGGACCCUGUCCUUUCCUAUAUGCUUAAAGGGGAAUCUGUAUAUUACCUUCUAAUUGGUUUUAAUCUUCUCUUGUAAUCUAAUCAACCCAUGUGGUUCCUAGGAUAUGGAUAUAAUCCCAGCACUUUGUCAAUUGAGUGUAGCUCUUGAUCACUUUGUUUGCUUCCUGGGCAUCAUGCAAUUAACACAAAGUCUAAAACAAAAUUGAGCAAAUACAACUCGCAUUGACUUCAUGCUGGAAUUAAAUUACUAACAAAGGAUACCAGUUUUAACUAUGGUAGCAGUAAGGAUGAGAAAUUUGAUGUUUUACAACCACUAUCAAUAAUGAUUGUUUAAAGUGAUUGUUCAGAAUUAAUUCCCCAUGGAUUGACACCUUUCCCUUGGCUUUUUUUUUUUUUUGUAGCUUGCUGGAUUACUGCUAGAUUAUGAAGUUUAUGGAAAUUUGUUAUUUCCCCUUUAAUGCAUUUUGCUUGCAUAGAGCACUUAUCAAAUUGAAUAAAUUCAAUUUGUCAUAUUUGUACCUAUUUUUAUUUUUUGCACUUUAUCACUUCUCACUUUCAGCUUCUUUUACAGAAGCAAAAUUAAUUGAAAAUAAUAAAUUUGAUGGCUUUUCUUCUCACCUAACAAAUAUUGCACUAAAUGUACUAAAGAACAAAAGUUUUUGAAUGUUAUAAAUGCACUUCUAAAUUCUACAAUUCUUUAUAUUGCAGCCUUGCUGCUUAAAUUGAGGUUUAUUAGCUAUGCUUAAUGUGUGAUUUUUUCCUUUUUUUUUUACCCCUUCCUGUCCUGCACUGGGAACAUUCACUGAUCUCUAAGCACUCUUCUUUAAAGGGAUUGUCCACCCAGCUGUUAGAUUUAAGUGGUCGUCGUACUGAUGACUUUUGGCAUUUCGGUUUAUGGAUAUAUGGUGGUAUGUUGAAUCCCCCACUGUCUGCUUGUUUCUACGGGGCUCCAGUGCCAAGAUUUUUGUUUUGCCAACCUGACACUGCCAUGAGGGCCUCUGACUCUUGCUACUGAAUUUUUUUGUUUAAUUAUUAUUAUUUUUUUACCAUCCACAAUGCAGCUGAAUAAGUCAUGCCUUUUUUUUUUUUAUGAUGUCACAAGGACUGCUUGCUCCUCAAGUCGACAAGAGAUAAAAUUAGGAAACGGGGCAUUAAACCUAUUUUCUAUCCCAUGGCUGGAAAAAUAGUGUGUGUGUGAUUGGUCUUUCAAUAUUAUUAUUAUUAUUAUUUUUUUUUUUAUCCUGCCGAUUGUUGUCCCUUUUAACUGAUUUUCUUUACUGGUUUGUGACUGUUUGGUUUUUAUUUUUGGUGUGUGUGUG